AUGAAGGAUGUGCGACAAUCGCUAAGCCAACGAAUGGAUUUAAAUGAACCAGCUUUCGACUUUGUAUGGAAUAAUUGGGCAACUAAAAAAGGUCUGAUAUUUGUUUGGAGAGCUAUUGAGGAGAGAAUUCCAACGGCAACUGCUCUUAGACAUAGAGGCAUGAAUUUGUCUGAAACGAUUUGCAAAACCUGUGGUGCAGCGGAGGAAUCAGCUGCUCAUGUCUUACUGCAAUGCAACUUGGCAAAACGGGUCUGGGAAAAAAUAACAAUGUGGAUUAGGAUACCUAUGGUUAAUACUGAUGGUAACCUAAAAGAAUUAUUAUCAGAACUGAACGAGAUGAACUGCAGCCGGAAGAUGAGAAAAGUGAUACAGCAAUUGCUCUCCAAACAAUGUGGUCUUUUUGGAAAGUCAGGAAUGAGAAGAUCUUCGGCGAUAGACAAGGCACGGUACAAAUGA